CCUCUCUCAAUUCAGGCAUACAGGAACGGUACUAGCUUAAGACUGCUCGGGGUCUUGAGGUUAUGAUACUAGGUACUUAGCAUGGUAUACUAGGGCUGAGAAUGAUCUAUAUGUGCUCCCUCCACAGUAUUCCUGUGGUGGAGGAAAGAUCAAACAAGUUUACUUUGGUAGUAUGGAAUGAUAAUUAGGUAAGCAGAAAGUCUGUUGUCUCUUAUCGCUUGCGGUAUCUUCCACUUAUCGUCCCGUGACCCCGUGCCGCGUCGCGCUUCCAAGCCACCCCGUCUAGUAUAGGCAGGCAGCAAUUUGACGGCGAGCCUCACGUACCUACUUAUCCAGGACACUCAGUUAAUGCUGAUACCACUCUGCCAAACCUCGCAUUUCUGACUCGCAAUCGCGGGUCCAAAGCCAGAUAUCGCACCGGACUGUUGGCGGCCUUGAUUCGUUUGCAUCCACCACCCAUCGCAAUAGCUUGCUUCAGAAUGCCACCCAAACCCAAGAAGUUCUACGGUGUCCGAGUCGGCAUCGAGCCUGGUGUUUACGAGUCGUGGGAAGAAUGCCAAAAGGUGAUCGCCGUUAGUGGUGCUGUCCACAAGAGCUUCCUCUCGCGCGAUGAAGCAGCAGCAUGGGUGGAUGGUGCGCCUGCGGCCCCCGGUAAAAUCACUCGGUUCUAUGCCGUGGCUCGGGGACACAAGCCCGGUGUAUACACAGAUUGGGACAGCGCGCAGAUGCAAACGACUGGGUUCACGAGACCAGUCUUUCGAAAGUUCGACACGCGUGCUGAGGCGGAGGAUUAUCUCGGGGCCUACCCAGCUGGAUCCAACCAAGCUCAGUCUGCUAAAUCUCAGCCCACACGCAAACGUGGGCUUGAGAUCGAUGAGGAGGAGGAGGUUGUGCUACCCAGGAAAAAGUCAAAGGCGCCCAGCACUGACGGUAAGAUAACGAUGGUAUACACAGACGGCGCGCCGCCUGGUAACGGAAAAGCAGGCGCUUGCGGCGGAGUUGGUGUUUGGUUCGGUGCAGACGACCCACGCAACGUCUCGGAGCGCCUCGCCGGCCCACUGCAAACGAAUCAGCGUGCGGAGCUCACAGCCAUCCUUCGAGCUCUUCAGCUCGUCGACCUCGAUUCGCCAAUCGAUAUUCGUACUGAUAGCCAGUAUUCAAUCGACUGCGUCACCAAGUGGUAUGUCUCUUGGGUGAAGAAAGGGUGGAAAACAGCAGGUGGUACCCCUGUCAAAAACGCCGACUUGGUCAAAGCUAUCCGGGACCUGAUGGAGGAUCGGGAGGCAAAGGGUACCAUUACCAUCUUGACCAAAGUUGUUGGACACUCUGGGGAUUAUGGCAAUGAUCAAGCCGACAGGCUGGCUGUUCUGGGAGCCCAACUGCCAGCCCUCGACGAAAAGGGCCUUGGGGAAUGAAUGCAUCCAUCAUGCGCGAGACCAGAGUUGCCUGCCAAAAUACUGUUGGAAGGGUUUGCGUACGGCCAAUCAUCUUCUCCACCUUGUUCUCCAACGGCGCGUGGGCGGGCAAGUCAUGCUUGACGUUGUGCAUGCCGCGUCGAGCAUCUAGGGUGGGAUCCCGUCGACGUACCUCCUCCGUGACGCCAGGUUCACGGAGGGUAACAUACAGUGCUGCAAGUCCAAGAGCUCCCAGACCGGCAUAGCUAUCACACAUCAGCAUCGCCACAAUCACCUUUCCACAGAACACCCGACUUACAUUACGUUAUUAUCUGGGUAACCCAUCUCCUUGUCGACUCUCUUGAUGGUCGCCUUGCUGGUAUGCAUCACAUCGCCCAUCUUGUCCUUUACCUGCCCUACCGUCUCCUGGGCCGACAUGAUAGUCUCGUCCAUGUCGAACCCGCGACCCGUGUACGCGCCUCCCGAAAUGCUGGAGGCACUCAAACCUGAGGACUCGAGGGAGGGAGGGCUCGUCGACGGGGAGGCCUGUUGCGAGGUCGGGUAGUCGAAGACGAGAUCAAUGUCGUCGACUGGAGCUCCGCCACGAGGGUCAUUGAUGUUGGAUCGCGAGGAUGGAGAGGUUGCGGUAGCCAACCGGGCGGAGGUGGAGGAAACAUAGCGAGCCGAUGAGGAUCGGUAGAAGGUUCGCGGAACUUGAGGCUUGGGAAUUGGCAUCUUGGUUUGUUUUGCAGAUCUGAUUUGAGAAUGAGCCUGAUUUAAGUAGCUACCACGACAGGAUGGUGUGGUGACAGAAGGAAAGUCAGCGUUAAGAGGCUGUCGGGAGAGAACUGGCAAAAUUAUACAUCUGUGUACGCUUUGACUCGGCGCGUUGUUACGGUGCUGUGACGUAUCGUCAGCGUCAAAGUGGAGGUGCUGGCCGUCAGAAACACUCGGGUCAUGUCCUUAUCGCAUGAUCAGAUCGGAUCACCCGAGAGACCGUGCCUCCCUUUCACUCUCCGACGUCAGUCUUCAUUUGCAAUUGCCAGUAACCAGCGCUGUCAUCAUUGAUCAAGCCACCACAAACAUCAAAAUCAAUGGCGAACGGCCGUGUCUAAUGCCUGCCAAUGAAGGCAUGUCCGUCUCUCUAUUCUUGUCUAGCGGGGAAGACGAUAAAAUUAAGACCCAGGUUCGGGCAACUUUUGUCCUCCGGGGACCAAUCUCUGGAAAACAUGGGUUGGGUCAUAAGCGGCUUGUACCUCGUAAAGAAAGGCGACAUUCUCUGGACCAUAGCUUGCGAUAGCAGGUUGAUCCCAGCCAGAGUAUGUUAGCAUGCUGGGAGAGGUGAGGUCAGCACAUUGAUCUUUGAGAUACCUAGGUAGACAGCCGGCAGGACAAGCUUACAUGUACGGAUGCCAUAGGUUUCGCGAUUUGGCAAGAUCGAUCAUGGACUGAACAAACUCUGCAUGGGCGGGGAGAAUUUCGGCCGUGUCAUCCAUGCUGUCCAUUGUCAAACCAAAGUACAGCACUGCCACAAGUCAGCAUUACUACAUCUGAAUAUUCGUCGAAGCAGGAGCCAGGUCAUACCUCCCAAAGUUUGAUUAUUGGUCAGAUUGUCAUUCAGCCCCAAGACAUUUGAGCUUUUCGAAUAGCUGGCCACCAGCGAGUUCUGAGUGAUGGGCAUCACAACAUGCAGGCCAUAAAGCCCAGGGAUGUGUUGCCAUUGUUGGAGCCAGCUGUGAUAUGCGGCCCACACGUCGCGAUACAAGUCGGCAUCGGCGUAGACAGUGAAGACACGCUGCUCUUGGACUUGACGAUCGGGGAAACCGUCAUGAAGUUCAAACGCUAGAUCGGCGUAUGGUCUCUUCUUCAACGUGCUCUGGGUGUAUGGUGUGUCGACCCAUCCGCGCAUGAUCUCUGGCAGCUCGUCAACAGCCCGAUUGUAAAUUACUGGGCAAAAUGCGAUGGAUUCGUUUGACGUUCCAUUGUAGCCAUACUGAGGUAGAACGUGGGUGAGAGUAUCCUCGACGGCUUGGCGGGUGUGGUAGUCGUAAAUUUGGUCCGUCACUUGGGGAAUUGAAGACUCCGGAUAGUACUGGCAGAGCGUUAUUAGAGUCACUGGACAUGAAAAGCGUCAAGUUUUC